AUGGUCAACCUCAAUAAGGUCCCACCACGGCACAGGAAACAAUACUAUUUAGCUCUUGGUCUGGAAGGUUCAGCCAAUAAGCUUGGUGUUGGCAUCAUUAAACAUCCUUUGCUGCCUCAACAUGCAGACAGCGAUCUUUCACACCAUUGUGAGCUGCAAAUCUUGGCCAACAUACGAGAUACGUACGUCACUCCACCAGGCGAAGGCUUUUUACCCAGGGACACCGCCAGACACCAUCGUAACUGGGCAGUUAGACUGGUGAAAAAAGCGUUGCAAGAAGCUGGCAUCAAAGAUCCAACCGAUCUAGACACCAUCUGUUUCACCCAGGGACCAGGAAUGGGAGCACCGUUGCAUUCGGUCGUCGUGAUGGCCAGGACUCUUUCGCUUUUGUGGGAUGUGCCGCUUGUAGGCGUGAACCAUUGCGUAGGCCAUAUCGAGAUGGGCAGAGAAAUAACAAAGGCAGAAAAUCCGGUGGUUCUGUACGUUAGCGGUGGAAACACCCAAGUUAUUGCAUAUUCCGAAAACCGGUACCGGAUCUUUGGCGAAACGCUCGAUAUCGCCAUCGGAAACUGUCUGGACAGGUUUGCCAGAACGCUGAAAAUUCCGAACGAACCAUCGCCCGGUUACAAUAUUGAACAGCUUGCGCUCAAGUGCACCAAUAAGGACCAACUGGUAGAGCUGCCUUACACGGUCAAGGGAAUGGACUUGUCGAUGAGCGGAAUCUUGGGCUACGUUGACUCACUGGCUAAAGACCUGUUCAACAAAAACACCAAGAACAAGCUUUUAUUUGAUCCCCAAACGGGCCAGCAACUUGUCACCGUUGCCGAUUUGUGCUACUCACUCCAGGAAAACUUGUUUGCCAUGCUCGUGGAAAUAACAGAACGGGCCAUGGCCCACGUCAACUCCAACCAGGUCCUCAUUGUUGGCGGUGUUGGGUGCAAUGUGAGAUUACAAGAAAUGAUGGCCUCCAUGUGUCGCGACAGGUCAAAUGGCCAGGUGCAUGCUACAGACGAGCGGUUUUGCAUUGACAACGGUGUCAUGAUUGCGCAAGCCGGUCUUUUACAGUACAGAAUGGGUGAUGCAGUCCAAGAUAUCGCAGACACUGUGGUAACCCAGAAAUUCCGGACCGACGAGGUGUACGUCGCCUGGAGAGAGUGA